CCCGUAAACUCAGGUCCUUCUCUCCCAUUCAAAAUCAAACUCCCCAACAAAAAAAAGAAAAGAAAAAAAAAUCCCAAUUCACAUCAACGCGCCCGGAGAGAGAAAAAGAGGAGAAGAAGAAGAAGAAGCAACCAACCGACACACCUGGAUCAACGAACCCCAAGCGGGCCCCACAAUGGACACCGGAGCGGCGGGCGUGGGUCUCGCCGCGUCGUCGUCGUCGUCGUCGGCGGAGGACCUGUCGUCUCGGGGAUCGCCGCUCGACGCCGUCCAGGCGUGGAGCUUCGGCGUGUCGCGCCGAUAUCAGCACCUGCUCGACAAAACGACGCCGCACGUCCUCCACCGCUGGCUCGCAACCCUCGGCGUGGCCUUGGUCUACGUCCUCCGCGUCUACUUCGUCCAGGGAUUCUACGUCGUGUCGUACGGCUUGGGGAUCUACCUCCUCAACUUGCUCAUCGGCUUUCUCUCUCCUCAGGUCGACCCGGAGAUCCACGACCUUUCCGACGGCCCCGGCCUCCCCACCCGCGGAUCCGACGAGUUCCGGCCCUUCGUUCGACGCCUCCCCGAGUUUAAAUUCUGGUACUCAAUUACAAAGGCGUUUUGCAUUGCUUUCGUGAUGACAUUCUUCAGUGCAUUUGAUGUGCCUGUGUUCUGGCCCAUUCUUCUCUUCUACUGGCUAGUGCUCUUCGUUCUCACAAUGAGGAGGCAGAUCGUACACAUGAUCAAGUACAAAUAUGUUCCUUUCUCUAUUGGCAAGCAGCGGUAUGAUGGAAAGAAAGCUUCUGCAUCAGAAACCACGACCCUCCUACCUAGGGAUUAGAAUUACCCUUCAGCACUAGAGUCUUUGGAAGAUAUGGUGCGGAAGAAUCUUUUUCAAGAACUAAUUCAGGCAGCUUGGUUGAUUGGUUAGUGUACGCUUUUGGAAUCUGUUGCUUAUGCCCCUGUAAUAUUUUGCUACUGGGAGAUGAAGUGGUUACUGGAGGCCUUUCUUUUUUCCUUCUUAGUAUUAAAAGAUCCAUUUGUAUAGAAGGGACAUGCUCUACGUUCCCAUCCCAAAUAAUCAAUUGAAUGACAUGUACUUUUUAGAGUUUUGCAGCGAGAAUACUAGCCAUCCAGUGCAAUUGGGAUAUCUCAUAUUUUGUCGUAUUUUUUCAUGGUUUAGUUGAAAUUGGGACUAAUGCAACUCAUUUUCUUGAAUUGAGGCCGAAAGUUGUUUGGAUUAA